UCGCGGUAGAGAUCCACACCUAAGCGUGUUGGGAAAUCGUAAAGCAUGGCCCAGCCGGAGCCGAGUCCGACAUUCCGGCUUUUGUGGUGGUAGCAACAACAAUGAAAACAACCCCACAAUAAUGCAACAACAACUGCUACGAACAACAACAAACGACUAGAAUAACGACCCAAACACACACACACGCGCGCGCUUCUUUGCUUACUACUUGUGGCGUACGCGAGAGCGCUGCGCCGCGCGGCCGGGGUGAGGGGAGCUCUGCGGAGAGCGUCCAAUGCCUGGCGGGGCCGACGGGGACGACGUCGCGUUCAUGUUUAAAGCCAUGCUGGAGAGAGACCCGAACAAGCGGCGUGUCAAGCCAGUGCAGAACCAGCUGCUGGAGGCAGCAUUUGGUUACGACAGCUCAGACGACAGCGAUUUCAAUGUCGAUGAGGCCUCAGGUUCUUCUGGUACAGAUGGUAGCGAUGCAGAAAGUAAAGCUUCUGAAAGCAAAGAAGAAAAAAAAAGCAAAGAUUCUGAAAGUGAAGACAGCGAAGAAGAUGGUCAUGGGAAAGCAAAAGAAGCAGAGGGGGACAAAUUCAGCUCCGAUUCGGAUCAGAAGGAAGUUUCAAGAAAACGUGAAUCUGGAGCCAAGGGGAAAGAGAAGGGUGGACGGCAGCAAUCGAAGGGGAGUGGUGAAGCUGCAAAGAAGACCAGCUCUGGGGACUCGGAGAGCAGUGACAGUGAGAGUGCAGCUUCUGCCAAAAACUCGAAUGAUGAUGCACAAUCAGCCAAGGAUCAAAAGAGGAAGUGGGACUUUCGCCGUAAACGCAGUACGCCAGCCGUUGUGCUGACAGAGCAGGACCUGGGCAACAUGGAUGACUAUGACAGCGAGGACGACAAUGACUGGGACCCCGAAAAAGUUGGCAAAAAAGGGGGUGACUCCGAGUCGGAGGGCUCAGACGGCAGUGACGAGAAAGAACAUGGCAGCAACGAUGACAGUGAGAGCGGCAACAGCAGCGACAAGGACAGCAAAGGCAGUGAUGAUGGCAGCGAUGAUGAGGAGGAUGAGGACGGUGAUGAGAAGGAGAGUGCAAAGUCAGAAGAGCAGGAGAGUGGCGAUGAUGUGUCCGGUUCGGAGAGCACGGUGGAUAAAUCUGUUACCAUCGGGGAGCUCAUUGAGAAAGUAGCAAAGAAAAGAACCAAAGCUGAAGAGUCUGUGACAUCCAGUAAGACCUCUGGAGGCAGGUCUUCGCAGAAGAUGCAGGAGGUGCUGAUCUGCAGCGUGUGUCUUGGUGAGAACAGUGAAGACAGCAACGAGAUUGUCCAGUGUGACAACUGUGGUGUCACAGUCCAUGAAGCUUGUUACGGUGUUGAUGGCGAGAGCGAGUCCGUGAUAAGCUCGACCUCGGAUAACUCAACAGAGCCCUGGUUUUGUGAUCCGUGCAAAGCCGGCGUUGUGCCCAGCUGUGAGCUCUGCCCUGCCAUUGAUGGCAUCUUCAAGGAGACAGAUGCUGGCCGAUGGGUUCACGUGGUGUGUGCACUCUAUGUUUCUGGCGUAGCAUUUGAGGAUGUAGAGAGGCUAAGGCCAGUGACUCUCACCGAGAUGUCAUAUUCAAAGUACGGAGCCAAGGAGUGCAUGCUGUGUGAGGAGCGCCUGUUUUCUCGUACCGGAGUGUGCAUCAACUGUGAUGCGGGGAUGUGCCGGAGCUUCUUCCACGUGAUGUGUGCCCAGCGCGAAGGUUUGUUGUCGGAGGCUGCUGCAGAGGAGGAAAUUGCAGACCCAUUUUUCGCUCACUGCAAGCAGCACGCCGACCGUAUGGACAGGAAGUGGAAGAGAAAGAACUACCUGGCCCUGCAGUCCUUCAGCCGGCAGAUCCGCGAGGAGAAGGGAAAGGCUCACCCGGGGGACAUGCAGCAGGCACGCAUAGAUGCAAAGCUGCAGCUGUACCGGGCGCGCUUCGAGCUGGCGAAGGGAACGCGGCCCAGUCCCUGGGUUCCCCGCGAGAAACUGGCGCGCCCACUCACCAGCAGCGCCUCGGCCGUGCGCGCGCUCCUGCUCAAGGCACAGCUGGCGGGGGUGUCUACGGACAUCAUGCCGGCCGACACCACGGAGCCCGGCACUGGCGACGGCCGCAGGAAGCAGAUCCGCCACCCCACGCUCACAGCCGACUUUGUCACAUACUACCUGGAGCGGAACAUGCAAAUGAUGCAGAUCCAAGAGAAUAUUUGUGACCAGCGGAAGCUGAAGAAUGAGCUGCAGAAACAAGAGAAAGCUCUGCGGAGCAGCUAUGGUGGGCUUAUGGAGACCUUGGACACCUUGAAGAGUCUGAACAAUAAACUCCAGCGAGAAGGGCACACCUUGUGGAGCACCCUAGGGCAGAUUACUGGACAGAAACUGACGCAGCCUUUAGUACUGCGAGUACUGAGGGAGCAGAAAAGCAGCCUCAUGAAAUCGGGUCAAGAAGCAUCUGUGUCCCUCCCUCAGAUUCUGCACAGCUGUGGCAUUUGCCAGGAGAGCAGUGACCAGCACCUGCUCACACAGUGUGACACCUGCCAACGCUACUACCAUCUGGGCUGCCUGGACCCCCCUCUUACCCGCAUGCCACGCCGCAGCAAGAACAGCUAUUGGCAGUGCUCGGAGUGUGACAGGUCAGGCAGUAGCUCGUCCGAUGGUGACGCCACCGCGGAGACGCUGCUGGACAGCAUGAAGCGCUCUCGGCGACAGGUGAGGGAGCCCAUCAAGUUUACGCAGCUCCCCGACUCCCCGUCCGAGGACAAGAAACAUCUACAGAAGCAGCAGCGGUCAACAAUGUGCCCUAAAAAAAGGUGUGCGAUUGGAAAGAGACGUAAAAGAGGAAGGAAGAGAAAAGCAAAGGAGGAAGAAAUUGAAGAAGAGAAACCCAAGGUUUGUCCCAAGCCAAGAGAGCCCAGGCAUUUCGGUGCAAAAAAACCAAAGGCGGAAGAGCAGCAAAUACAGUGCACGACAUGUGGCAGCUCGGGGAGCAGCGACACCACAGUGAGGUGUGAUCAGUGCACCCUGAAUUACCACUUUGGCUGCCUCAACCCACCCCUUAAGAAGUCGCCUAAGCAGUUUGGUUACGGUUGGAUAUGUCAAGAUUGCGACUCAACGCCAUCAGAGGCUGCCAAUCCAGGUGGAAUUUGGUACACGAGGGCCGUUACGGAGGAUGAUAACAACGACGAAGACCAAAAGGAAGCAGAGAACGAUGCGAAAGGAAACAAGGAAGAAUCCACCUCGCCUGCCAUGAAGAAAAGCGUGUAAUUAGAAUUGUUAACCUCAAGUUGCGUGUCCUUUUAUUGCCUGCAGUUACAUGAAGCGUAGAGCAUCUUAACAAUGUGGUGUUGUAUCGCGUCAAUAUUUAGAAAUGUGUUUGCAUUCUGGUGGUUCUGCCAAUAUUUCCAGGGUAACAGUUUACACUAAUUUCCACACUACGUAAUUCGUAAGACUGAGAUUCAGAAAUAUGGGUCAGUACGAGGGUGUGGUACACAUCGUUCCAAGCCUCACAUGGAUAAAAUACAUUCACCACUAUUAACUAUGUUAUUUUACAAAAGUUACCCUCUUUCGCAAUGUAUUUUUCCAUAUUGUUUCUAACAUUUUUUUAAAUUCUCAAAUUUUAAAUUUUAAUUCCAGCCCAUUCAGAUAACCCUUCAACACAUAAUUUUCGUCAUAACAGCGUCCAAGCAGAUGCUCCUUUAAUUCGGGAAGCUGGGGAAAGUCACUGCAUUCCAAUUUGUGGAGAAUAGGCAGAAUGUGGUUGACAGCAGCCUUUGCAACUUGCAUUGUGUGCUCUAGGGCAGCGGUCCCCAACCUUUUUGGCACCAGGGACUGGUUUCGUGGAAGACAAUUAUUUCACGGAUGGACGGACGGGGGGGGUUCAUCAUUGGGUCUUUGCUCCUUUUCAAAGCUCUCCAGCGACGUUU